AUGAAGGUUGUUAUUGUCGGCGGAGGUUUAGGCGGCCUGGCUUGUGCAAUCGCUUGUCGCCGUGAAGGCAUUGAUGUGGAAAUUCUCGAGAGAUCUACCGAUGUCCACGAAGUUGGAGCAGGCAUUCAAAUCCCACCAAAUGGUGCUAGGAUAAUGUGCGACUUUGGCCUACUUCCCCAACUACUGGAACAAGGAAGUCAGGUGCAACAAGUUCAUUUCCGGAGGUACAAAGCUGGUCGUCUUCUGCGAUCAAUGCCAUUUGGGGAUGAUAUCACGGAGGAGUUCGGAGCGCCGUGGAUAAUUAUUCAUCGGGUGGACUAUCAUCGCAUUCUUCUUGAGGAAGCAAUUCGACUUGGUGCGGUCCUUCAACUCGGGGCAGAAGUUGAAGAUAUUUACACCGAGCAGCCAGCCGUUCUUCUCACUGACGGGAGAUGCAUAUCGGCAGAUGUUGUGAUUGGUGCUGACGUCCCCACGGGCGACAUGGCCUAUCGAGCAACCUUUACACGAGAGCAGUUAGAGGCUUUGGGAGAUGAGAAAGUAAGUGAAUUGUGUGGGGAAAUUGCGGUCACAAGCUGGCUGGGACCGGCGAAACAUACCAUUUUCUACCCUCUCCGUGGUGGAAAGGAAUUCAAUCUCGUUCUCACGCGGCCUGAUAACUUACCUUCGAAUUCUCGCAGAGAGCAGGGAGAUAUCAAAGAGAUGCGAGAGAGCUAUGCCGACUGGGAUGAAACAUUGCAAAAGCUGGUUUCUUGUGUGCCAUCGGUAUAUAAAUGGAAAUUGACACAUCUCUCCGAGCUUGAAUCGUGGACCAAGGGAUCUGUUGCUUUACUUGGUGAUGCCUGCCAUCCCACCCUACCAUAUCAGGCACAAGGGGCUGCGAUGGCCGUUGAAGACGGAGCAGUUAUUGGCAAGCUUCUUGGCCUAUUACAAACCCAUUAUCUGGACCCUAGGAACUCUGGAAGCGAUCCCUCAAUAUCAACGCGCUCUUCGGCUCAAGAUCUCACAGCCGCUGUACUAACUCUUUACGAAAAAUGCCGGAAAGCACGCACAGCCCGAAAUGUUCAAGGAGCAAUCAUGAAUCGGAAGCUUUUCCAUAUCGAAGAUGGGUUCUUGCAGAUGAUCCGCGAUUUUGUUUUAAGGGGCAAACCCUUGGUCUAG